UGCGCGUUGGACGCACGUCGAGCCCACGCGCCCCACCGCCGUUCCACAAACUCGCUCACGCGCAGCAGCUUCGGGCUUCGUUCCGCGCAUUCCAGACGGCUGCGUGAUUUGAAAAUGUUUAAACGUUGUUGUUGCAAGUUCAAGUGAGACAUCAUAGUUCCGAAACGAAGAUGGAGUGUUAGGGGGGCUGCUCUCGAAGGCGAGAGUCGAACGACCGCGUGUGAUUAGAGUAGCGAUUGCGAAAUAAAUCGUAGCUAUACAGCAGCGAGUUCAGUGAUCUUCCAGCCAUGAUAAUCGUGAGGAUCAGGUGCUCCGAGUUCGUGAUCGAAGUCGCGGUCGCGUCGACCGAUUGCCCGCGGCGCCGUUGACCAAUAGUGCAUAAAAGUGCGCCAUCCUGUACACACACACCUUGGUUAUAUGUACAGAUAUAUCCAUACAUGUAUGAGCGCACACCUAUGCAUUUGGGUACGUGUGUGUGCUUGCGACUCGCUGGUGUAUUAGUGGCCGCCACUCGUGGGCUCUCGGAUGCAUGUGCUACAUGAAUAAACACGUAUAGCGGCCGCACAUCAUCAACAAUACUAUGCUGAUGACGAGGAGGAGGAGAGCCGCAAAACUGCUGAUGCUAACGCUGAUCCUGCUCGCUGCUGGUCCUCGCUUCGUCGGACCGCAGAGAGUUGAUGAGCCAAUACCACUCAGAGAAGAGACAUCGGUGUCAGGUUCACGUGCUCGAUUAACCUGCGAGUUGGGCUCAGGUCCCGAGGAAGCCUUCAUGAUAUUCUGGUACAACUCGGAGAACGAGGGCUCGCCAAUAUACAGCGCGGAUGCCAGAUCCCGUCCUCUCAGCCAAGCCAAGCAGUGGUCCAACCCGAAAGCUUUCGGCGAUCGCGCGAGCAUGACCAUCACGCCUGGCAAGAAAGCCGAGCUGUUCAUCGAUCAACUGGCACCCGAGGACGCCGGUAUCUAUCGCUGUCGACUCGAUUAUCGCAAUAGUCCGACGGUGAAUCAAAGAGUCAACCUCACUGUUAUUGUGCCACCGCAAGAGCCGACGAUCUACACGAGUGGUCGUCGUCCGGCGGAAAACCUGCCGCCACUCGACGAAGGUGGCGAGCUGCAUCUGGUGUGCGAGUCUCAGGGCGGCUGGCCGGCGCCGAGGCUCACGUGGUACCGGGAUGGCCGACUGAUCGACGAGACGUUUACGCGCGACUACGACGACGUCACCCUCAACAGGCUGGACCUGCGCCGGGUCAACCGGGAUCUGCUGUACGCGCGGCUCAGAUGCGAGGCCAGCAACACGGCCCUCGUCAAGCCGAGCUUCGCCGACAUUGUGCUCGACGUUAAUCUAAAGCCACUAUCUGUGAAUAUAACGAACAAAGAGGCUCAUCUUUCGGCUCUGCGAACCUAUGAGAUUGAAUGCGUGAGUUCGGGCUCGCGACCCGAGGCUGUGAUAACCUGGUGGAAAGGUACUCACCAAGUCAAGCACAUGGCGAGAAACUUUGUAGAGGAUAAGAAUAUUACCAAGAGUAUAAUGAGUUACGUGCCAACGAUAGAAGACGACGGUAAAUUCCUCACUUGCAGAGCCGAGAAUCCUGUAAUUUACGAAAGUGCUUUGGAAGACAGAUGGCAAUUAUCCGUGCAUUACGUGCCCGUGGUGACGAUCAAGCUCGGCUCGAGCUUGCGCGCCACCGACAUCAACGAGGGCGACGACGUCUACUUCGAGUGCGAGGUUAAAGCCAAUCCCAAGGCUUACAAGCUCAGCUGGUUCAAGGAUGGCAGGGAGCUGUUCCACAACGCGUCGGCCAACGUCAUACUGCCGGGCGGACACUCGCUCGUGCUGCAGAGCGUCUCGCGAAACUCCGCCGGCGAGUACGCCUGCAUGGCUGUCAACGACGAGGGCAAAGCCACCAGUCGGCCCGUGACCCUCGACGUAAUGUAUGCUCCCGUGUGCAAGGAUGGAAGCACGACCCAAGUGGUGGGCGCCUUGAAACACGAGACCAUCUCGCUCGUUUGCGGCGUCCAGUCGAAACCGCCGCCAACGAGCUUCCAGUGGACGUUCAAUAAUUCGGGCGAGCUGCAAAACGUACCGUCCACGAGGUACACGCAGAUGAGGCCGCAGCAUCUGGUGACGAAUCAUUGGCACGGCUCGAGGCUCAAUCACACGCCCACCAGCGAGAUGGAUUACGGAACGAUCGGCUGCUUGGCCACCAACUCCAUCGGGACGCAAAAAGUGCCCUGUCUCUUUCAGAUCAUCGUGGCCGGCAAGCCCUACCCGCUGCAGAACUGCACGGCGCUACAGUCGACCGGACCCUACGCCUAUCGUAUGGGUCACGAGGACUUCAAAACGACCGACGCCCGGGACGCCGACUGGCUCAUCGUGCGCUGCAGCGAGGGCUUCGACGGCGGACUGCCCAUAACCGGCUACGAGCUCGAGGUCUACAGCGACGAGAACGUCUACCACGUCAAUACCAUCGCCAUAAAUCGCACGAUGGACAAGAUGGCCAUGGACACGAGCGGCAACGGCGUGAAGCCGCUGACCACCGGCCCCAUCUUCGAGAUACCGGGUCUCGAGCCCGGACGCAACUAUCGGCUGCACCUCUACGCCACCAAUGCCAAGGGCAGAAGCGAUCCCGUCGUACUGGAGCCGGUCACUCUCAAGGGGGUCGCCAUGUACACCACCGGUCGUGGCUCGAGCAAUGCCUUAACGGCCGACUACAGCCUGAUGGUGGCCUGCCUGGCCGGCAGCAUAACUGCGAUCUGUAUACUCGUGGUGGGCGUGACUCUGACUCUGUACCGGCGUAAUCAGCAGCAGCGACAACAACAGACUCGCGCCACCGUCCACCAGGCCGGCAGCAACGGCAGCAGCGGCGGCGUCAAACUGCGCCAGCCGCUUCAUCAUCAGAUGCAGCUGGUCCAACACUACGCCAACAGUUCGCAGAUGGGUGGUGGUUGUUCGGGCGGCGGGGCGGCGGUGGUCACGACGGGCGGCAGCGUCACGGCCCAGCCGACCACCGCGACCAUCGUCCACGGCCGCUACGAGUCGCUGGACCAUCAGCAGCAGCAGCAGCUCACCACCAGCAUCGUGGCAGGCUCCAACGCAAUCCUCGGUCAGCUGCGAAAGCAGCAGCCCACGGAGUACGAGGAGCAUCAGCAGAAACUCAUGCUGCAGCUUCAGCAGCGCACGCAGUUGCGUCAGGAGUACGAGUUGCAGCAGCGAAGCGGAGAGUCAGCGUUUUGCUCGGCGGCGUCCCUGCUAAAGUCCAACAUUGUGGGCAACGGCGGCGGCGGCGGCGGCUUCGGCGGCUGCAACGACGACGACGACAACGACGACGACGAGGACGACCAUCCGGACGUUGUGGCGUCGAACAAAACCGAGCGUCGAUCCGAUUAUCUCGUGAGUCCUGCUACUGCUCCUCGAGUGGGCGGUGGCGGGCUAUUAUUCGACUGCUUGGCCGACGGCAGUCGCGAUCACGGCGACUCGAUACCGGCCUCUCACGAGCGAGACAGCUGGAUUAGGCAGAACGGCUCUGCGGUCGUGUGUCAGGCAGCCAUGAGCGCCUCGAGCGCCGCCACCACCGCCGACGGAUCCAGCCCGACCAGCAGCAGCUCCAACUCGACGCAAUUACGGGCCGCCGCGCCGCACUACCAAGACGUCUACACGAGGAGUCUCCGUGUUCAGGAGAGCUGUAUAUAGACACCACCUAACGAACCCCGACUAUAUCAAGUGUGAACUUUUACGCGACGUCGUCGCCCUCGGCUAACGACCGACUCUUAAGAUCGUUGCGACGAGCAAAAAAAAAAAAAAAAAA